AUGGCUGCCGUACCAACGCGCAAUGACCGUCGAGUCAUCCUCCACCUGGACUACGACUGCUUCUACGCCUCGGUCUUUGAGGUAGAACAGCCAGCACUCAAGUCAGUACCUCUGGCAGUGCAGCAAAAGCAGAUCGUGGUAACAUGCAAUUAUGAAGCCCGCCGGCGUGGCUUGCACAAGCUUCAACUCAUCAAAGAUGCGAAACGCAUCUGUCCCGACGUGGUGAUUGUGCUGGGCGAAGAUUUGACUAAAUUUCGAGAUGUCUCCAAGGAGCUUUAUUCAUUCAUUCGUGGCUUUGUCUGGGGUGAACGAGUCGAGAGACUUGGCUUUGAUGAGCUUUCCUUGGAUGUUACCGACAUGAUCGAUUACAAUUUACAGAUCUUGAAUCCUCAUGAUCUGACCAACGCCUUUUUUCAGUUGGACGUGAAAGAUCCCACCGUCGGCUUUUCCUAUGAUGCGACUCGCUAUCUUGGAAAGACGGUUCCACUAUAUCCUGAAGGAAUCGCAACCCCGCUCGAGAUUGACUCCCUGGGCAUGAGGUUGCUCCUUGGCUCUCACCUAAUAGGAUAUUUGCGUACUCGGAUGGAACAUGACAAGGGCUUUACGGCUACUGGGGGAGUCUCAACCUCGAAAUUAUUGGCAAAGCUAGUGGGCAGUGUGCACAAACCGAAUCAACAGACGACCUUGCUUCCUCCAUACGAGACGAAGCACGAUUCAUCCUUGGAAGACAGCAAUGUUAUUCAAUUCAUGGAUUCUCACGACAUUCGAAAGAUCCCCGGUAUCGGAUCACGCCUUGCGCAGAAAUUGAGUCACAAGGUGAACAGCCACAGCGAUGCAGAGGGUGAUGGGGAAAGGAGAUUGACCGUUAGGGACGUCAGGCUCUUUCCCAGCAUGAGCUCAGCCACGCUUGAGAGGGUUUUGGGCGGGCCAGGUGCGCCAAAGGGAAUUGGCGUCAAGAUUUGGGGAAUUCUACAUGGUGUUGACAACACCAACGUCAUGGAGGCACGCGAUAUCCCCACUCAAAUCAGCAUCGAGGAUACUUAUGGCCGUGGGCGGCUCGCUACGCCCGAAGAUCUUCGACGUGAACUCGAAGUUCUCACCAGAAGCUUGAUCCGCCGGAUGAGGACGGACCUGCUGGACGAUACCGUCACCGAUGGGACUCAGCCCCGAUGGCUGGCUCAUCCCCGAACUUUGCGUCUCUCAACCCGGCCGCGAAAUGCCCCGGAGACAGACGGGGCGCGUUCCUAUAAUUGGAAUCGCAUCUCUCGUUCAGCGCCACUGCCGAGUUUUGUCUUUCACGUCGACGAGAAUGUCGACUCGAUUGCCGAGCGGCUGGUGCACGAGCACGCGAUGGUCAUGUUUCGCAAACUCCACCCUGAAAAGAGUGGGUGGGAUCUGCAACUCCUGAACAUCGCGGUGACCAACCUCGUCGAGAGCGCAGGAGACCAGAAACAGAGUCGUGGGCGAGACAUUGGCAAGAUGUUCCGUCAGCAAGAGGCGGUGCUAAAGAACUGGUCUGUGCACGAGUCCGGUCCGGCGGCGGAAGAACGAGCGGCAGUCGACCAUCGAGCCACUCCGAGUCCCCGCCAAGCCACUAGCCGCGAGGAAAGAAUGCAGCAGCCUGGCGAUUGCACGGGUGUCGCCGUCCAAGUCGCCGCGCAAGUCGCCGCAGCAGCGUGGAACAGGAACGAUCAAAGUGGCAGUGAAGAAUCGGAGGAUGCAGACUGGCAGGAUGAAGACGAAUGCGAUCGAUCGUGGCGAGUGAGUCCUGCCAAUGUGGAAUGUCCACUCUGCGGUGCCGUAAUGCCGCAAUUUGCCCAGUUGGCACAUCAGACUUUCCAUGCCACGGAGAAAGGGGGAGACUAA